AUGCAGGACGACUUCCUAGUUGAGAAUGUCGAGCCUGAGCAUUUGUUUGGAAAGCGCACGUCUGGUUAUCAAGAGUUAUGUGAUGAAAGAUACUGUUUGUAUUCCAACUUCACGUAUAGACUGUACAAUGUUUCAACAGAUGCAGAUAACGAAUGCAGAAAACUGAACAGAGAUGGCUGGCUACUGGAGGUUUACGAUGGAAACGUCAGUUCGCUAGUUGAUCGAUUUAUUAGUCAAUAUUAUUGGCAUUUAGAUCGGAGAAAUAUUCCGCUAAACAUGAAUCAUUUUGGAGAUUGGUUUUGGUUGAACAAAGUAAAAUGCAACAUAGGAGACCAAAUUCCUGCUGACCGCGUGCUUGCCUACAUUAAAAGAACUUACGAUGCUACUGGACAAAUGGUGCUAGGAUAUUUCGCAGACUACUUCAGCAGUUCUAAAAAAGCCAUUUGUAAAAUUGAAAGUAAUGCCAACGUCUUACACUCCAUCAUUGUUUGUAGAACGAAAUUUUUCGUUGCAGAUGCAAACAGUUGUUCUCAAUGGGGCAGCUGGUUCUACAAAUCAAGUUGCUUUUUGUUAAACCCAUAUCCCAACACGUGGUACCAACAAGAGAAUGAAUGCAUAAGACAAGGUGGUGAUCUGGCAGUAUUUGAUGAUCUGCUACUCAGAGACUUCAACAGGACAUGGCUUAAUUUGUGGGGAGAUGAUGGUUACUGGGUUGGACUAUCUAGAUUUAACUUCAUGUGGAGAAAAGCUGCUGAAAAUUGUUUCAAAAUAUGUUUUUAUGAAGACUCGGCCGUGAAAUUUUCAAAAUGGAAAUCUGGCCACCCAGAUUUUUACGAACCGACAUCUGGUUUCUGUUCUGCAAUCAGUCAUGCAGAUGGAAGUUAUUGGGUCAAUAACGUCAGAUGCAAUGACAACUACGUCAUCAUUUGCAUGACGGGCACUGUUAUUUCCCAAAAUCUCAUGGUUCCAUUGGUCAUUGGAUGGGCUGCGUUUGGCGUUUUAGCUGUCAUUUCGACUGUUUUCAUAUUUUUGUAUUUCAAAUAUUCCAGAAAAAUAAAAAAAUUGUCAUCAAUCUUGAUGAAUUCUCCUGAGGUCUCGAUGGCUACUACAUCGGCCAGGCAGGAAACAUUGCCAACAUUGGAAGAAACUGAACCGGAUUAUAAUACGAUCAACCUCGGUAGUGCCAAUGAAGAUAACAAAAAAAGAGUUUAUCAGAGUUUGAAUGUGCAGGUGUGA